AUGGCCAAUCGUACCGUCAAAGAUGCACACACCCUUCAUGGAACAAAUCCUCAAUAUUUAAUUGAAAAAAUUAUUCGUAGCCGUAUUUACGAGUGCCAGUUCUGGAAAGAACACUGUUUCGCUUUAACAUCUGAGCUUCUUGUCGAUAAGGCUGUAGAAUUAAAGUAUAUUGGAGGAACUUACAGUGGCUUGACCAAACCCACUCCCUUCAUCUGUCUUGUGCUUAAAAUGCUUCAAAUUCAACCGGACAAAGAUAUCGUCAUUGAGUUCAUUAAACAAGAAGAUUACAAGUACGCUAGAGCACUAGGUGCUUUCUACUUACGCCUUGUUGGUGAUUCAGUUGAAAUUUACAAGUAUCUGGAAGCUCUAUAUAAUGACUUUCGCAAACUCAAGCAGCAAGAUACCACCGGAAAGUUCUCUAUAAUUCGAAUGGACGAGUUUAUCGAUCAGUUGCUAAAUGAGGAACGAGCUUGUGAUGUAAUUCUUCCCCGUCUUCAAAAACGGUCCGUCUUGGAAGAUUCAAAUCUCCUUGAGCCACGUCAAUCUAUACUGGAUGAGGAUCUUGAAGAUAUCAACUUGAAUGAGGCGCUUGAGGACGAGCAGCAGGAGAGUGAUGAUGGAAAGGAUAGAAAAGAACACAAGAGGACCAAGCAUCGUGAUACAAAUGACAGUGACAGCGAAGAGAGAAGGCGGAGGAGACAUCGGCAUCGUGAAGACUCUCCUUAUCGCCCGCAUGAUCGCAACGAACGUGACCGCGAGCGAGAUCGCGAUAGACGAAGGGAUCGAGAUGAGAGAGAUAGAGACAGAGAUAGGAGGCGGUCAGUUGGCGUAUAUUUUCUUGUAUCUUCUUUUUAG